AUACUCGCAGCGCCGGGCAGUGAGCAAACGCUAAGAAAGUGUGUGCACUUAAAUCGCACGCCUCAGUUGUGAUGGAGACAUUGUACAGAACGUGGUGAUCGGUUGUUGGAAAUACCUAUAAUAUAUAUAUGUAUAUAUAUAUCUUUUUUUUUAGUGAAGUGUAAAUAAUAUAUAUAUUCCUAAAUAUUUCCACUUAUAGUGAGUGACUUAAAGACACAAAAACAAAAAAAAAAAAAACGAAAAAAAAUAUAAAGAAAAACAAUGAAAAUCGAGUGGGCACCGGUGCAUGUGCCGCCAAAACGACGGUUUCAGACCCUUGCUGCGGGUCUUUAUGUGCUGAUAUUUAUGGCUUUGCCUUUCGUAUCAAUAACUAUUACUGCAUUGUUGUUGUAUUACGGUAACCUCAUUUGGCGACUCCUCACACUCGCAUACCUGACAUAUAUUUACUUUGAUCAUACGCGAAAUUUCAGUGACAUAAAUGGCAACGGCUUUAAAAUUUUGCGCAGCAAUUGCAUUUGGCGCCAUUUUCGUGACUACUUUCCGAUAGAGUUGAUAAAAACCGCUGAUUUGAGUCCCGAUCGUAAUUAUGUAUUGGCAAGCUUUCCACAUGGCAUUAUCGGUACUGGCAUUUCCUGUAACAUGAGCAGCGACAUACGCAAAUGGUUGGAGUUAUUCCCCGGCAUAAGACCGAAAAUCGGCACGCUGGACAUGCAUUUCUAUACGCCCAUAUUACGUGAGGUGCUACGCUACUGGGGUCUCGUCUCGGUAUCCAAGGAAUCGCUGAUGCAUUACUUAUCCGCCUCGAAUCAUCCGAAACAUGUUGACAAUUUGGAUGGUUUCACCUCAAAUGCGGUUGCUAUAUUGGUUGGUGGCGCUCAAGAGGCUUUGGACUCGCAUCCCGGACGUUAUAUAAUUACGUUGAAGCGGCGUAAAGGUUUUGUGAAAUUGGCCAUACGUACAGGCUCUCCCAUCGUGCCAACAUUCUCCUUUGGCGAAGUGGAAAUCUUCGAUCAAGUUAACAAUCCACCGAACUCAUGGCUUCGACGCUUCCAAACUUUAACCAAAAGACUAACGGGCAUUUCACCGUUAAUUGUAUUGGGUCGCGGUUUCUUCCAGUACACUUACGGUUUACUGCCACGACGUAAGCACAUCGUGCAAGUGGUUGGCACCCCCAUUGAGGUGGAGAAAAGUGACGCACCCGAUCCUGAGUAUGUGGAUAAAAUUCAUCAGCAGGUUAUUGAUCAACUGACGGAGAUGUUUGAGAAAUACAAGACGAAGUAUAUAGAAAAUGGCAAAAAAGUUAAUUUAGUUAUAACUUGAUGUUGUUGUAAAAUAUAUAAUGUUUUUUUGUUA